AUGAGUUUUUCAGAUUCAAGCGAUGAUUUAGAAUUGAUGGAAUUAAGCGAUGAACCUGCCACAACGCCUAUAAAGGCCAAAAGUAAGAGAAAGAGAAAAAUUCCGAGUUCUCUUGCGGACAUUUACGACACUAACAUGGAAGAGGAUAGAGACGAAAAGAAGGCAAAAAAAGGUGACAAAAAUUAACAUCUGCUCUAUUGAUUAUUGAAAGACUACUGUAUUAUUAUUUUGAAUUUAAUAAAUGUUCUGCUAUACAUUUAAUUUAGGUUGGUGCAUUAUAGAAUGGGAUGGGGAAGAUACAUACGACCCAGUUCUAUGCAAGGACAUAUUUCCUGCUGAUGAACUGCCGAUGACAUCCAUCGCAUUUUGUCCGGGGGAAAUUGUUUCUGCACUUUGCCAGGGAAAGCGGUAUAAAGGUAGAAUUGCUGCUUUUGCAGGUAAAAAUUAUAAUAUAAUAAAAAUAGUACACUAAAACAUAUGCUGUAUACUAUAUAUUUUUUAAAUUUAUGCCUUUUUCCAUCUGUGUCGGCAUCAGCCUCGGGGCAACUUGUACGGUGGCGCUGCUACUGCCAAUUGUAAAAGGCCACGUCUCAGCCGGUACCUUUUUAGACUACAAUCUAUAUGUCCCUACUGAUUACUGAAUCUUGCAUAUAGAGUUUUUGUUUUUAAAUAAUUUUAAUGUUUCUUUUCCCACUUCUGUUGAAUCAGUGUUGAUAUCGGCCGCUGUGGCUGUGGGUGGAUACGUGGCGCUGCCACUGGUAAAAAGAAAUCGACCCUACCGCCCGGCAUUUUACUUUUCUUGUUUUAAUCUAUCUAUAAUUUUUAAAUAAUUUAUGCCUUUUCCCCCACUUAUGCCGGCAUAUGCUUUGUGUCGCUGUGGCGCAGCACUGUUUCAGUUGUAGGCCUGGUCAAUUAUUUUUUAACCAAUUUAGCUCUGUGAAUCCUAUGUCCAUGCCUAGCGGACGGCCAUGUACAUAUGUUGUAAGCCAAGCCUAAUUAUUUAAGGCUUAAGAUGCCUUAUAGUUAUACUUACGUAUUUAUGAGUUAUGAUUGAGUUUACAUACUAAUAUAUUUUCAUACUUUAAUUCAGUAUUAUAAAUAAGCCUGAUGUCAAUGACAAUGGUUUUCGUUUCAGUUUUGUUUUAUAGCUGUGCCAUGAUUAGGUUUGCCGGAGUAAAUAAUCAUAAUUCAUAAAGAAAUAAAAUUGAAGUCGCCCGGGGUCAGGGGCAGGGAAGCCAAACUCUGCUAAUUUUUGCGACAUGGUACUCGGCUUUAAUAUCAUAUUGUUAUUAAAACUGUUGAACUAGAACAGUAUUCAAUAGAUAAUAGAAAAUUGUGCUAAAUUGUUUCCUCAGUUUUUAUACUGUUUGUAGGUGGUAUUUUGCAAAAUAAAUUUCCAAAUUUAUGCUGUUAUACAAAUUUAUGUUUUUACAAGUUAUUUUUGUUGUAACAUUAUAUGUAUCAAGCAAGUUGUUUACGACAUACUAGCCAUAUAAUUUUUUUAAACAACGUGUAUUUUUUACCUAAAACUUUUUAGACACCAAAGCUGGCGCCGAGAAAACGUAUUUAAGCAUUAUCCGCGCUAAAUUAAGGAAUCAGAAUGUUAAUAUGCCCAAAAUGUCUGUCAACAUCAAAGGCGCCGCUGAGCCUGCAGAGGUCAAGCUUAAGAACAAAGUCCAACACAAGGUCAAGGACAAAGUCAAACUCAAGGGCAAGUCAGCAGUCUCCAAAUCAGCAGUCUCCAAGUCAGCAGUGCAACCUAUGCCUAUGGUGCAACAUCAGCAAAUUCAACGGGACAGUACCCCAAACUUUUUAAUGGCAUCCAGUCUUGCCAAUAAAAAGGAAAAAUGUUGUGAGGUAUUGUACUAUUGA